AUGGAACAUGAGAAUAUUGUCAGGCUGCUGGAUGUACAACAUCGUAGAAACAAAAUACUUCUAGUUCUUGAGUAUUUGGAAUUCAAUCUAUGGGAGUUCAUGCAAUUUAUGGCUACUAAAACUGAUCAAACUAAUGUUCUAACCAAUACUGGUAUGGUGAUUGCCAUUGCGCCAACCUCUCCUUAUGUUGGGACUGUGCCAGUGAAUCAUGGUGAAAAACCAGAGAAGUUCUUAAGAACUAGGGACAUCGUGCCAAAGAUCGCCGUUACAAACGUAAAGGCAAAGGAAGAUCAAUACAUUUUGCUUCAGAUUCUUCACAGUGUUGCAUAUUGUCAUUCACAAAAAAUUAUCCAUCGAGAUUUGAAGCCACGAAAUUUGCUAAUAGGUCGGAAUAAAAUACUGAAAAUUGCAGACUUUGGAAUGUCUAGGUCAGUUGAUGUCCCUCUCAAGAUAUACACAAAGAACGUGGCAAGUCUUUGUUAUAUGGCUCCUGAAAUCCUGUUCGGCGUUGGGCAGUACUCUGCUCCUGACCUGGCAGAAGAAAUCCCAGGCCUUGAACCUGCAGGAGUUGAUCUUCUUUCUAAAAUGCUCUGUUUGGACACCGGGAAAAGAAUCACAGCACGGGAUGCUCUCAAGCAUGCUUACUUAGAGAUGUACAGAAGCCACCCUAAUUUCCUGAUGGCAAUCCCAUUUUUCUACUCUGCUAUUGCAUGA